AGAACACUAUUUCAAAGCCAGUCUCGAGUGCCUGCUCUCCUACCAACACCAUCCACCCACACUCAACGCCAACACACACACACACCACUAUAAAAACAGAGAAAAAGCAAACGAUACAUCGAUCUCGUCAUGUCUACUUCCUACGACUUUGAUUACGUCGUGAUUGGCGGCGGUUCUGGCGGAGUAUCUUCCGCCAAACGUGCCGCCCAAGUGUACGGCCAACAGGUUGCCGUGAUUGAAGGCAACCGCUGGGGUGGCACCUGCGUAAACGUUGGUUGUGUCCCCAAGAAGAUCAUGUACCAGGCUGCGACGAUGCGUGAAAUGCUCAAGCACGACGCCGCCAUGUACGAAUUCCCCCAACCUUCCGAUACCACCAUUCGUUGGGGCGCACUCAAAGACAAACGCGACAAGUAUAUUGUGCGUCUCAACAAUAUCUACGCCAACGGACUACGGAGUGCCGGAGUUACCGCCUUUCAGGGCUUUGGCGAACUCCAGGACCCUCACACGAUCCUCGUACACCAGAACGACGGAACGCAGCAAACCAUUACGGCAGACAAGAUUCUCAUUGCCACCGGUGGCAAGCCCAUGGUGCCUCCGGGGGAAGGCGUGGUGGAACACACCAUUACGUCCGAUGGAUUCUUUGAACUCGAAACGCAGCCCGACAAGGUCGUUGUUGUCGGGGCGGGAUACAUUGCCGUCGAACUCGCCGGAGUCCUCAACGCACUCGGCAGUCAAGUACACCUCGUCGUGCGGAAAUCACAAGCCCUCCGGGAUUUCGAUCCCGAUAUUUCCAAAUUUUUGGACCGGGAAAUGGUCAACGCCGGCAUUCAAAUCCACCGAAACACUGGAGGGGUCCUCCGGGUGGAAGAAGUCCACGGCAAGAAAACCGUGUUCUGCGUCGACAAUCUUACCGUCAUUGACGGUGCCGACGUCGUCCUCAUGGCGCCGGGACGCGUCCCCAUGACGGAUAUUCCCAACGUGGAAGGCUUGGGGCUCUCGACCGUCGGUGUCAAGCAGCGUCCCUCCAAACACAUCGUGGUGGAUGACUACCAGAACACUUCCGUCGACAACAUUUUCGCGAUUGGCGACGUCUGUGGGAUUGUGGAACUCACACCCAUGGCCAUUGCCGCCGGACGCCGACUCGCCGACCGCGUCUUUGGUGGACAAGCUCCCAUGAAGGCUUCCUACGAACUCGUACCUACCGUCGUCUUUUCGCAUCCCCCCAUUGGAACCGUGGGACUCACCGAACCCCAGGCAAUGGCCAAGUACGGCCCGGAAAAUAUCAAACUCUACACCAGCACCUUUGUCAAUCUCUACUACUCCAUGUUCGACAUGGAACCCGCGGAUAAACCCAAAACUUACAUGAAAAUUAUCUGUGCCGGCGUGGAGGAACAAGUGGUGGGUUUGCAUUUGAUCGGUAUGGCCGUGGACGAAAUCCUGCAGGGUUUUGGCGUGGCCAUGAAAAUGGGGGCCACCAAGGCAGAUUUCGACGCCUGCGUGGCCAUUCACCCCACGGCUUCGGAAGAGCUCGUCACCAUGGGAACCUGGGGCACCAGUGCCCAACAUUCCGGUGCCAAGGUUGCGCCCUUGGCCGGGGCCUCUUCGCGGGAACCCACCCUUCACGGCAGUGCCCACGGUAGUAGCAAGAUGUGA